GAGAAUGCAUAAGCCCUAGUUGGAAGAUUUUCUAGGGUUUAAGCGAGGGGCAAUGGCGCUGCGCGGCGUCUGGCAGCUCAAGAAGCUCCUGGUCCACUACUGCAAGCGAUCCGGCGGCUCGCGAGGCGCGAGGGAUUUCGUGGAGACGCUCCUGCCGCGCUUCGCCAAGGCGAAUCCACAGAUCGAAAUCGAGGCGAAGUGGCGCCCUCACCAGGAUCCUUAUCUCGAGGCAUUCUUUCUGAACAAAAGGGAGAGGACGAUUGGUCUCAGGAACUUAAGCGCCGAGGAUUGCCUGGUUCAAGCCAAGAGGCUGCGCAACCUGGUUGGGCGGAGACCGAUCAAGAGGAGAACGAGAGAGAUCUCCACAAGAAAGAGCAUUCAAGGGAGAUGGACUCCCUUCCUCAAAAUAACGUGAUUUUUACGUGGAGAUGGUUUCAAGGUGUUUGAAGCUGUGGAAGAAUCGAUGCAGGACGACGAGGACUAUUACAAGAUCAAGCUUAGUGAAGAACAUCUUUGAGACGGAGUUGGGAAAAGCUGUGUAGCUCCCAACAUCAAGCCGAUUUGCUUACCUCUUGACAAAGAUCUUUGUUGGUACUUUUGAUAUUUCCAGCCCUAGAAUCUCGACUGCGUUGAUCUCAGAGAUGGUAGCAAUAAACGCUGAACACAAAGAAAA